AGAGAGGAAAAAAGGAGAGGAGGGGGUAGAAGAAAGAGGAAUUAAAAAAGAAAAGGAAGAAAGAGACAGGAGGGAGGGAGGGAGAGAGAGAGAGCGCGAUAAAAAAAGAAAGAUGACAUCGUGUGAAUUGAAGCGCCGAGGUGGAGCGGCGGGCUGCGGCCGGGCUCGAGUGAUUUUCGCCGGGGUCAGAGCUUGAAUCCAACAGCGAGGCUUCGACAAACACCCGAUUGGCCUGUCGGGAGAACCGAGGAAAAAAAAACACUGAUUUAUGCAUAGCAGCCUUUAAGUUUUACUAUUUCAAAUGCGUCAAUCGCAUUACGUGUAACCGUUUUUUAACGUCUAAAUGCAUCAACUCCUGUUUUUUAAUGCAUGAUGUAAGAGUGUAGAAAUAGAAAUAACAUUAUUGAUUUCGUGUGCAAAUAUGGAUUUUUUUUAAGUCAUGCAAAAUAAUAAAUACUCGUUUUUUUGUUGUUGUAAUGGCUCGGUGAAGGGUUAAAGUUAGAUUAAAGUGAAUACUGAAUUGUGUGCAUUAUUGCCUGGUAAUCUGGACCGGUAAUUAAUUAAACGGAAAGAGAUUUUUAGCAUGUUUUAAGGGGGAACCGUUUGAAAACACCUCCAAACGUUCAAUAUUUGCAAACUAUAGACGAUUUAAAGGAUGCCAAUGGUGCGCUAUUAUUCUUGAUUGUGUGGUUAUUAUAGUAUUAUAAUAUUCAUCGCUUUGGAACAAAAUGGAUGCCGCGUGGAGCAAUUUUCUUUUUCAGACCACACCUUCUCAGGCCCAAGUGGAGGGUUCCCUCCAAUCAGAACUUCUGGGUGUCCACACGACCUCUCCUCAAACCCCACCCACCGAGCACAUAGCUCCGCCCCCAUCGACAGUGGACACUGCUGCUCUCAAUGAGGACCCUGUACCUGUGAAGCCAGUGUCCAGACCGGCCCGUGCGGCUCAUAUCUGCUCUAUAUGCAGCAAGCAGUUUAAGAACAGCUACAACCUGCGGCGUCACCAAUCCGUCCACACUGGUAUCCGCAUGAAGGGUGGCUCCCAGAGCCGAGAGGCCAUGGCCAAAGAGAGUACAGAAAGACACACUUUCCCCCUUUCUCUCCACCUGUCCAUACCCCAGCAGCAACCCCAAAUGCUGCCUCCUGUUGCCGUGCUGCCCUCUCACCACACACAAGUCCUGGCUACUCAAGAUGGAAAUGAAGUUGCUAUGGAGAGUGUGGCUUCCACUGUGACCGCCCUCCCUCCUCCUGCUGCUGUUGUCAUGGCAACAGGGGAGCCUGUACAGAGGCCAGUUAACCAGAAUCCCAAUCCUGUGCGUAAAAACCACGCAUGUGAGACCUGUGGCAAAGCCUUCAGGGAUGUGUACCACCUGAACAGACACAGGCUCUCCCAUUCGGAUGAGAAGCCAUUCUCUUGCCCGAUCUGCCAGCAGCGGUUCAAGAGGAAGGACCGCAUGAGCCAUCACGUCAGAUCCCAUCAGGGAGGAGUGGAGAAACCCUAUGUGUGCCCGCACUGUGCUAAAGCUUUCUCACGGCCUGACCAUCUCAACAGUCAUGUCAGACAGGUCCAUUCUUCAGAAAGGCCCUUCAAAUGUCCCACGUGUGAAUCGAGCUUUGCCACACGGGACAGACUGCGCGCUCACAUGAUCAGACAUGAAGAGAAGGUCCCGUGUCACAUUUGUGGCAAACUGCUGUCUGCUGCUUACAUCACGGAUCACAUGAGGGUGCACAACCAAUCACAGCAUCACUCCUGCCACCUCUGCAACCGCAGUUUCACCACACUGACGUACCUGCGUGUUCACGCUCAAAAGCACCACGGUCAGGAGUGGAAGGAGAGCGCAGGAGGGUUUGGCACCACCGGGUCUGGAGGUGUCCUGGUUUGUCAGCUCUGUGGUGUGCACUGCAAGAACCCAACCCAGCUGCAAGGUCACAUGGGUACCCACAAUCCCCCUGUGAGUGACCCCAACCCCAUCACUACUACCAGCGAAGUGGUCCCAGGAACCACGGUCACCCUGUGCAACAUGGUUUCGGCACCAACCAUGUUCUUGAGUGGAAACACAGUAGUGGAUCUGCUAGUCACCGACUGCUCCAGCAUCAUCCCGCAACCUCAGAGCUAGCAGAGCAGAGCUGUAGUGCACACAUGCUAGUAACUAUAUUCACUAUUACAACACACAGUUUUAAAAGUAGCUGUCACCCAUACACCUGUAUGACUCAAAACAGACAUUCAUGUUCAUAAACACUAAAGAACCACAAGAAGCCAAGGAGAAACUGUGAAAAAAGGCAUUCUGAGUGGACAUUGCUCAAAUGUUUUAUGACAUGGACUCGCAGAACCACACAUAUAAAAACUAAUGUAGCAUGAUAUAUUUUGAUAAAACACCUCUCAAUGAUGCACAUAAUAGGACAGGCAGGGGAAAAUUCACUUAACAGUUUUGCCAUGGUUGUCAAAUUACUGCAUUUUAUUUACCAACACACUCAAUGCAGUUUAAUUGGCGCUGCGCUGUAUUCAAAUUAGUACUUUUCAGUCUUUUUAGCGUAAACAUGGCUGCUUUCUAUGUAAAUUAGGUUUAUUGUAGAUUUGGUCUUGUUUACAAAAUUCAGCACUAUUUGCUUGCCGCAAUUAACAUUACGUUUUUACCAGCCACUGGAAAGCAGGUGGUAAACAUUUAUUAAAAUUAGAUGUUGUGUACAUUUUUCAGAUCAUGUCAGCAGUAAUUCAUCAAAUGAUGGAGAAGAGCAUUUUAACCAGGCAUAUAUAAAGACAAGCAUAGUGAAGCACACUUUUGGCAUUGUGUCUGGAUCGCAGUGGUGGAGCGAUGCAGUAUAGUCCCAGCAAAAUAUGCCACAACCUAUUGCUCCAAACCGGCCCGCAAAAUUGGGAAUUUCGUCUUGCAAAUUGCAUUCAACACAAAAGGUUUAGGUGUGUUUGUGCCAUUACCUGAUUUGCAUAAUUCCUUCUGAGUAUCAGGUGUUAAACGCAGACAGCGCAUACAAAUAAACCACGCUAUCAACAAGCGCAAUUUAAUCUUUGUGAAUUCCCCCAUAGUCACUUUACACUUAGCCCUCCCAAAACCAUAUAAUCUAUGUACGUUUUCUAGUUUAGCUGAGGGGGUAUGAGGACAAUAUUUUGUCUUCUUAUGAAGGUGGAAAAGGAGACAAGCAGAGACUUUGAAGGCAGUGUUAAAAUAUUGCCACAUUGCACUCUUUUGCUUUCUCCUUUUCUCCCUUUUACCUUCUUUUUUUCUCACGGCUGCAGGACUCUGAUGAUACUGUGAUUGUGUAUUUCUACUGUAUUUCCUCUGCCUGUAAUAUGAUUUCCUGUUUGUUUGCCAGACCUUUCUUUUCCACCGCCAUAACCUAGCAUCAAGUCGUGUUCAUAUGUCAUAAUAUCUUACUCUGUUUAAAAAUAAAAAGCAGAAAAUGAGAGGUUGGAUGAGAGGAAAGUUGCAGAGAAAAUAUUUCACUUUAAGUCAUGUUUUGACCUAACCAGAAACGCACAGGCAUAGUUUCUGUUUGUGUGUACCUAGUAGCGUCAGUACAGUACUGAUAAUUAAUUAGUCAUGUGUCUGUUUAUUUAAUUGUGACUCUGAAUUUGUCAGCAGUUAUCAAGACUACCAUUAUUCUAAAGGCGUUCAAACUGACUGCAUCUUGCAGAGUGACUGCACAAAGUGACUGGAGCUCAUUCAUUUUCUUUCCAGACAUAAGUGAUAGCGCCAGCCGGUGACAUGAUUUUUGUCCUGCCAAACUGAUCGCACUGUGAAUUCAGUGACAGCAGGUUGAAAGUUUUGCUUUUGCGAACUUACAGAAAUUUGAAUCACUGCCCCCCAGUGGCCUAAGCUGGAAGUGUUGUUGAAUGUAUGGGUACGUUUGAGCUCCAGUUCCCGAAUGAAAUGUCCAUCGAGUGGAGGUAAAAGCAAGUUUUUUUUGUUGUUGUUGUUGUAAUUUAUGUAAUACAGUCAACAAGAAUGCAUAUUUUAUUAACCAUACACGUAACCCAAAUGCCAACCCUUAAACCUAACCGUCAAUGGAGUAAAAAUAUAUUUUUGAGUGGAAAUACAACCUCCGAAUCGAUGACUUUCUGGUUUCCAUUGGAUUGAUUGGGGUUUAUUUCAGGGUACAUGAACAUUCAGAAGCAUUAUGUUGAUUUACCGUGGGAUUAUGUUGGACUGGUGACUUGGAAAAAGUUGAGAAACGUUUACAUUUAUGCAAAUGAGCAGCAAAGUGAAAAGGCAACUACCAGUAGGAGUCAAGACACUGGAGCUCACGCGAUCCGUGGGUGGAUUUGAUUCCUGCAUUAAACAUCUUGCUCAUGAUAUGAUACAUUAUGCACAGCUGCGCUUUAUGUAUAAAUGCUUUUCCCUGCAGUGUAUUAAUUUUUAUCUGUUAAAAAAUGUAUGCCUUUUCAAAAUUGAAUGACUUGUCAUUUCUGAUUUUUAAAAGCUAUGGCCAGUUACGCAGCCGACAAAUAAUCUUAAAGCAACCAGGGGCCGGUUGCAUAAACAUAGCCAUUAACUCAAGACUUCGUAUAACAAUUAGUCUAACUAAAGAUGCCAAAGAAAACCUGUUGCAUAAAAGAUGUUACAGCUGUCUUUAGUAAGACAAGAAUUUCUAAUUUGCAUUGCAUUGUGGUAAAAGUAAGACACUGAACGACAGUGAGCAAUCAACACAGUUUUCCUUCGCUGAAAAUAUUUGCUUAAUAGAAGAAUAGCAUACUUCAAAAUGGACUCUAAUGAGUCAAAGUCUAGUCCCCCACUAGCUGACAAUUAUUUUCCACGGCAACAUAGAAUGUCAAUGAAAGUUAGUGUAGGGGUAUGCAGACUUCCAUUUUGGUCUUAAGUUAGAGCGAUCUAAUUUUUAAUUCUUGUCACUGAUUAUGUGAACUUCCUUACUUACUUCCUGGUAUCAAUGCGGGAUUUGAACCGGGUCUUCCACCCUGCUGACACAACACGCUUCAGGUCGCGCCACGUGGGGAGAUAAAUACACUCGAGCCGAUGCAAAAAUGUCUUUUAGGAGAUUUAACUUUAACUUUUUGCUAGACUUUGAGUGAAAGAUCUGUGAUUGGUCUCUUUUAAUGAAUAACACUGACCUAGGUGUUGAACAGAAGUUUAAUGAUACUAUUGUGAUAUUUUAUACAGACUUCCAAUUUACAGAUUUAGCACAAAGAUGCUCGCUGUGAGUCUAAUUAUUUGGCCAUGACUGUACUGGGGGGAUUUGGUUGGUGUGUAGUGAACAUUUUGUUUGAAUGUUUUUCUUCCUCUCUGAUUCUCACCUCGGUUUUUUUUUUUAUCCGUUCCCAUACGGAGGAGAACAUGACUGAAACAAUGAAACCACUGCCUGACUUUUCCUGAGGAACAGAUGUUAGGUCCUGAACUAAGAAAUUCAAAGAGAGUGAUAUUUAGAUUAAAUGUUUAAAAGUGAUGCUAUUUUCCAUUGCAACAGGCCAUCAAAAAAAAUGAGUGCAACUGUUGUUACUGCUUCCACUAAGAAUUAUAGGAAAAGUUUUUUUGGUUUUGUAAAAGAUUGUGUUUUCAUUUCUUGUUCUGUUGUGAAUGUGAGAAUGGUGUUUAAAGAAGGGCUUAAUCAUUAUGCUCAAGUGAAAUUAAGAGAAAUAAAACACUACUAUCUCAAGUGUCAAAGCUGACAAAAACUAUGGAGAAAAAAUAGAGUUGUCUUGGUUCUUGGUUUUGUAAUGGAGUGAUUUGUUUGAUCAGUUUAGUGUUGGUACUGUAUACUGGUAUAUCUGGUUAUUACUGAACUUAAUUUUAUUAUAAACUUUGUUCUUCCUGUCUAGAAAUGUAGUUGUUUUAACAAGGUCCAGAUCAUGUUUAGGUUCUUUUUAAUUUAGCAUUAAGCUGAAAUAAUACCUCUAAUCACUGUACAGCUCUGUCAAUGCAUCUCAAUGCCUUAUUGUUCUCUACCACAUUUAAUUCGUCAAACUCUAAAACUAUUUUAAAUUAUAGUCAAGAAACCAGUUAAAAGGAAAGAAAAAUAAUAAUGGGAUGUAUUUAUAUUUAUAUUUUUGUAUUUCUCAGCAGUAUGCAUGUCUAUAAACAGAGCAAAACAAAAUGUUGAUGCUUACCAUGAUCAUGAAUAUUAUGUUAUUAUUUUGUAGAUUAGGUAGAUCAUGUUAUCAUUUUGUAAUUUUGACUAUUAAAAGGAAA